AUGCUCGAUUCAACGGGUUCACUGUCUUCGUCGCUAAUCAUAUCAAAUCAAUUUUUACAAAUAACAUUCCGUAUAAAUGCACAAAAAGGUUUUGGUCCUGGAGAAUUCGAAAAUGUAUAUCCAAAUCCAUUAAACAAGUGGAUGCGUUUGGGAUUUUGGUCACAUGAUGGAAUACCUCAACCUAAUUCAAAUCUGUAUGGAACUCACAAUUUCUUUAUGGGUUUAAAAUAUGAUGGCAGUGCAUUCGGAGUCUUCUUCUUAAACAGCAAUGCACAGGAAGUAGCAAUAACACCUCUACCAGCUAUCACAUACAGAACUAUUGGAGGGAUAUUAGAUUUCUUCGUGUUCACUGGACCGAAACCACUAGAUGUACUCAAUCAAUAUUAUGAUCUUAUUGGUCAUCCACCAAUACCCCCAUAUUGGUCACUAGGAUUCCACGUUUGCAGAUAUGGAUUGCAAAAUCUGGACGAAGCGAAAGAAGUUCUCAAACGAAAUGUGGAAGCUGGAAUUCCAAUGGAUGCUCAGUGGUUUGACAUUGAUUAUAUGGAUGCACACAAAAUAUGGUCAAUAGACACAAAACGAUUCGGUGGAAUGGACGUUUUUAUCAGGGAUGUUCUGCACAAGAAAUAUGGUAUGAAAACAGUGUUAAUCGUAGAUCCAGCCGUCAGCACGAAAGGUGGCACCGGAUAUCGUCCAUAUGAAGAUGGGAUGAGACUUGGUAUUUUCAUCAACGAUAGUCGAACUGGAACACCGAUUCUGGGUACCGUGUGGCCAGGCGAGACAGUCUUUCCAGAUUUCUCACACCCUUCAGCUGAACAAUGGUGGUUCGAAUCGGCAUCGGAUUUCCACAAAGUGGUUGACUUCGAUGGUUUAUGGAUAGACAUGAAUGAACCAGCCAAUUUCAACUCCGGAUCACUCAGUGGCUGUCCAUCAGAGAACAAACUUGACAAUCCUCCCUAUGUUCCAAAGAUUCUUCAGAACUCGUUGUAUGACAAGACGAUCUGUCCGUCAGCCUUGCAUUACAACACAACGCAUUAUAAUCUGCACAAUAUGUAUGGUUACUAUAUGGCUCGAGUAACGAACAGAGUUUUGACUCGAAUGUUUCCUGAUAAACGACCUUUCAUAUUGACACGUUCAAGCUUUGCAGGUUCGGGGUUGUAUGCGGCUCAUUGGACUGGCGAUGUUUUGUCAAACUGGGAUAGUUUGAGAACUUCUGUGACGCAAAUCAUUAACUUCAACAUGUUUGGUAUUCCGAUGGUGGGUGCUGAUAUAUGUGGAUUUACAGGAAAUACGACAGAGGAACUAUGUAUCCGAUGGAGUCAGUUAGGUGCUUUUAUUCCGUUUGUACGAAAUCAUAAUGCACAUGGUUCAAACAAUCAAGACCCUGGAUGCUGGAGUAAAGAAACCGUUGAGGCAAUCAAAGAUUCUUUGAAGUUAAGAUACCAUCUACUGCCUUAUAUAUACACUUUAUUUUACCGAUCAUACUUCAAUGGAACAACUGUGGCUCGUGCUCUCGCAUUCGAAUUCCCUGAAGACCUGGCCACGCAUAGAAUCAGUGCACAAUUCAUGCUCGGUUCCUGUAUUUUGGUCACUCCAGUGCUGGACGAGGGUCGAACAUUUGUUGAGGGUUAUGUUCCAUCAGGAGAAUGGAUCAACCUAUCCACCGGUAGACGGUAUUUCAGUCGAGGUACUUGGAAAUAUUUCGAUGCUCCUUUGAAUGUGAUUCCGAUUUCAAUGCGUUGUGGCUGUAUAGUUCCUAUUCAGAUUGCUGCUGAAACUACUGAUAUCGCUCGUAAGAAAGGAUUUGGUUUAUUUGUGAUUUUGUCUUCAACUGAUGAUGGAAGCGAUUCUGCUGGUCGGAGAAUCACAGCAUCGGGUGAAUUGUUCUGGGACAAUGGAGAUGAUGCAAAUUUGAAUUAUGUGCACGUGAAAUUUGAAGUGCGUGAUCGUAUGUUGACAGUGACUUCUACUCCUUCUAGUGUGGAAAGCUUAGCGAAAAUCGAUUUGAAAGAACUAGACCUUAAAAUUAUUUUUAUUGUUGGUCUUAAUAAAAGCCCCAGUGAAAUUAAGUUCAACAAUAAUCCAUUGAAAUUCACCUAUCAUCAUCAUGAAGAAACUUGUCGCAUAACUAGUCAGUAUUAUAUGACAUUAUCUAAGGAUUUCACUGUCAACUGGAAUUUUUAA